CAGGAAGGGAGUCUGCAUUUCAGACUCUUCAGCAGUCCAAGCAAAAGGGCAAGGCUGGCUCUCCCGAUGGUCCUCCGGUUCCCCUUGCGCAGAAGUGCCAGCUUUACCCUGGAGUGUAGAACCUUGUUUGAGACACCUGAUCCCAGCAUCCUUACCAUGGAAGCCAACGUGUUGGUGAUGGGAGCAGAAAACGUUGGGAAGUCAGCCCUGACUGUUCGCUUCCUGACCCGACGAUUCAUUGGAGAAUAUGGGGACCUGGAAUCAAUCUACAGCCGAAGCUUGGACGUGGAGGGCAGAAAAAUUCUCUUCCAUAUCUGGGACUUCCCCAGUUCCCAUGGUCAGGAUGACCAGCAUUCCACAGAAGAGAAGAGGAUCCAAUGGGCAGAUGGUUUCAUCUUGGUCUACAGCAUCUGUGAUAGGGCCAGUUUCCAUAUCCUUCCCACGAAAGUGCAGUUCAUUAAGGUGGCCAAGGAAGGCCAGAGCCCUGAGAAAGUGCCCAUUGUCAUUGUGGGCAAUAAGAGAGACCUGGGGCACCACCGGGCAGUUUCCAUUGAGGAGGGGCGGCUUCUGGCUCUCAACCUGAACUGUGACUUCUAUGAGGUGUCGGUAGCUGAGGCAUCUCAUGGAGCCCUUAUGGUGUUCCAGGGGCUAGCCCAGCACUUUUGGCAGGCUCGACUGCCACCCCGAAGAGGCAUUGGGAUCCGGGGUAUUGUUAAGAGUAUGUCAGCAGUAUUUGCUCGAAAGAGAACAGAUUCCUUCUGAGUCAGUUCACCUGGCAUCAGUUUCUUUCCUAGUAAAUAAAUUGUUAGUCAGUCAGCCAUAUAUUUAUUGAGCACUUAUUAUGUAUAGAGCAGUAUCUGGAACUGGGACAGAUUAGGAGGACAGAAAUAGAGCAUCAUUGCCUGUCCUCCCUGAGCUUUUAAUCCAUGUGCCCCGAUGCCCAUCCCACCACCUUCAACUCCCAUCUCUAGGGAGUUUACAGUUUCCCAGAUCAGUAUGUCAUCAUUCCAAUCAAGUUAAUCUUGGCAUGUAAUUGAUGCUAUUACAUGGCCCAUGGGCCACCCUCUCUGGGUAUGACCCAUUUUCCUAAACUCUAGCAAAGAGAUGUGGCAUUUCAGUGGCUCAGAGGUUCUCCCUAUUCUGAGGGUAUCUUUGUGGUGAGGCACCACCUCUGCUCUGAGGUAUCCAAUACAUCUACCCCCAAAGUCAAGGGCAAAGUGACAUAAUGGAAUUAGAAGUGAAUUUGGAGAGAGAUCAACUGACUUUCAAUCCUGGGUAUGCUUCUCUGACCUUGGGGAAGUCAUCUUCCCUGGCUUACUUUUCACUUUUCUCAGAUGAAGGGUAGAACCCGAUAAUCACUAACAUCCCUUCCAGUUCUAGUAUUUAAUAGUCCUAUAUGUAAGUAGAAGGUUUCCAGCCCCAGAGGGUGGAUCUUUGU